AUGGAGAUAUGGAAUAUGUUGCGUGAUAUGUUCCAAGACAAUAAGAAUUCUCGAGUUGUAACUCUUGAGCAAGAAUUCUCUCGUACCAACAUGGAGGAUUUCUCGAAUGCCUCUAUGUAUUGUCAACAGCUCAAGGAAUUGUUCAAUCAACUCAAGAACGUAGGCGCACUGGUGUCCAACAACUAUCUUGUUCUUCAAAUGGUGGUCGGCCUCACCGAGACUUACAAUGGGGUUGCCACACUCAUUUUCCAAAGCGAUCCUCUUCCACCUUUCUAUCAAGCCUGCUCUAUGCUCACCUUAGAAGAAGUUGGUUUCACGAAGAAGGUUGCAACCGAUGGGGGUGCCGCCAUGGUGGCUCACGACACUGAUGACUCUCACUCCCUCUCCAAAAAUUCCCAUCAAAAUCGGAAUACUCAUCGUGGUAAAAAGGAUCGAAACCGCAAUAACAAUGGUAAAAAUAAUGGUAGCAAUCACGGUGAUGUCAAGAGCAACGAUGGUGGCGUCGCAAUAGUGGCUGGCAGCAGCAACCGGGGCACCAGUAGUGGCCUACCAGACAAUGGCAGUGGCCAUGGAUGCCUUAGCCUCUUCCACCUUGCCCAUACCCCUUAUCCAACGACCCACCUCCCCUCACAUUGA